UGGGGGGGGGGGGGGGGGGGGGUCACGAACAGACAGCUGACGCACCGGAGCGCAGCGCCGCGUGUUUCGGGGGCGCAUCAUCUCCUUGCUCCGGCUGCAGGAGGAGAGGCGCGCACACGCUCCGACUGCGCCAUCCUCGGAUAUGUGCUCCCUCCACUUGACUCUCAUCGCUUCCUCCUCUGCCCUCCUCGUUCGACGGAACAACCUCUAAAUCCGCUGCGCGACAUGCCGAGGGGAGACGGUGAACUGGAACUGUAGCACAAGACUUCAGACGCGUCUCACUUGCGGCUCCGGCUCCGACGCAGACGCAGACGCCGACGCAGUGUGGAUGUACGCGCGGCACUAUGAGAAACCACCGGCGCUGAACUGAUGGAGUCCUGAGACCGCUUUUCCCUCCUUGGCAGGUUGUUUUUUUUUUCUUCUUUCGUGUCCCGUUGCCCGUCAACGAUGGACGCGCGCCCGUCGCCCGGGACCCUCACACCUGAGCGCGCAGCCUUUGCCAACACAUGAGGAGGCGGCGACAUGUUCCGUCUGGUGAGACCUCGGGGCGCGUCGCACGGCAGCGGCGCGAUGGGCAUGAGGACGGGGAGAAAAGCCAUCCCCAAAGUACACUGCGUGUUUGUUCUGCUUCUGCUCGUUUUCACGCCGAGGGUGGAUUCGUCGUGGUGGUAUAUCGGAGCGCUGGGUGCUCGGGUGAUCUGCGACAACAUUCCCGGGCUGGUGAACAAGCAGCGGCAGCUCUGCCAGCGGCACCCAGACCUGAUGCAGUCCAUCGGAGAGGGGGCUAAAGAGUGGAUCGUCGAGUGCCAGCACCAGUUCAGACACCACCGCUGGAACUGCAGCACGCUGGACCGGGACCACACUGUGUUUGGCAGGGUGAUGCUGCGAAGCAGCCGAGAGGCAGCGUUCGUGUACGCCAUCUCCUCAGCAGGGGUGGUCUACGCCAUCACCAGGGCCUGCAGCGUGGGGGAGCUGAAGAUUUGCAACUGCGACGGCCACAAGCGCGGACGGGCCAGCGACGACAAAGGCAACUUUGACUGGGGGGGAUGCAGCGACAACAUCAACUACGGCAUAAAGUUUGCCAAGGCCUUCGUAGACGCCCGGGAGAGGAUGGUAAAAGACGCCCGCGCACUGAUGAACCUGCACAACAACCGGUGCGGUCGGAUGGCAGUGAAGCGGUUCAUGAAGCUGGAGUGCAAGUGUCACGGGGUCAGUGGCUCCUGUUCUCUGAGAACCUGUUGGCUGGCCAUGUCCGACUUCAGGCGAACUGGAGACUACCUCCGCAAGAAGUACAACACGGCCAUCGAGGUGACCAUGAACCAGGACGGGACGGGUUUCAUGGUGGCCGACAAGGACUUCAAGGGGAGCACCAAGAACGAGUUAGUAUUCGUCGAGAACUCACCAGAUUACUGUCACAUGGACCGUUCAGCAGGCUCCUUGGGGACAGCAGGCAGAGUGUGCAACAAGUCGUCGAGGGGCACAGACGGCUGUGAGGUCAUGUGCUGUGGGCGGGGCUACGACACCAUGCGAGUCAAACGCGUCACCAAGUGCGAGUGCAAGUUCAAGUGGUGCUGCGCUGUGGAGUGCGAAGACUGCGAGGACAUGGUGGACGUUCACACUUGCAAGCCCCACAAGCGACCGGACUGGCUGGACAUAACCUAAUAAGGAGACGGGACCAAUCACAGUCACCACGUACUCAUUAACCUCUUUGACUGCAUCUUAUUAUGAGAUAUAUAAUUGGGAGCUUUUAACUGUAAUACCUCGGACUUUCGAUCCUUCGACACUUCCUGAACCAGAUUCUUCAGCCCUUUUUUGGAUGAUGCAAAACUGGAAAUUAUACCCAGUUACUGUGUCGCUUUGAUAAAUGUUUCUACGAGCAAUUUGUUGCUGAUUUGUUUUAAAUCAAACCUUAAAUUUGUAAGUGCACCAUCUGUUGAGGGAAGAGAUAUGAGGUAAUGUCUGCCUGAUUUACAGUAUAUAAAGACCAUAUGAGCACAUGACUAAGCUUAACGGACGAUCAUAAUGAUGAUCAUAAUAAUAAUAAUAUUUAGCCUGAAGAGAGUUAAAGGGGCAUCUUUAUGAUUUUGUACAGACACUGUAUCAUUUAAAUGACAUUAAGCCAUUGUAUGGUACUGCAACAAAACAUUAUAAAUACAAAAGACUGUUCGCUUCCGAUUAAUGCAACUCUGACAAAUUAAAAAAAGAGUUCUUCGUGAUUCAAGGACAAAUAAACACACUGUGAAAACAACGGAAAGAAAAACAUGCUCAACUUUCAGUUAAAAUGGCAGCAUGGUGUGUUUGCUGCAGAGUUGGAUUUUUGACACACCAACGUGAGGACAAAAUUAAGCUUUAUAUGGACUGUUGUCUGGAAGAGUCACAUCACUCAGUAUCCUGCAUAUCUGAAUAUCUGUAAGUGGUUUAACACAUUGUGGUAGUGUUGCCAUAUGCAAAGCAUUCAUAACGCUGGUUCUUUGUUUGGAACAAGCGACUGUUCAGACAGAAAACAGUACUGCACAAAAAAACAGCUCCAGUGGUCAUUUCAUUUCAGUGAGGCCUUGAGGAUAAAAUAAUGCCAGUGCAAAAGUUAUACCUAGCUCAACCUCUGUCUUCUGACAAGCGUGGGCCAAAUCAAGUACAUCAAAGCAUAUUCGAUGUAGAUUACUUCAUGACAAGAAGGUACUUUUUGCUUGAUGACAGUAAAAGUAUUUUUGAUGUGACGACUUUCCAGAGUUGUAAAUUCCUGUACAAACAGUGAUGAUUGGUGAUUAGCUGUCUGUCUCAAACUGGCCUUCCCAAAUCCUAUCCUGUUUUAUCGUUACUCAAAAAGAACGCUCAACCAACGCAAUCCCUUGAGUUGAGCAUUCAUCCAUCCAAGAAAGAGGAAGAUUUAAAUUACUGUUAACGGGAAGAUAUUAAAACAAAAUUUCUGAUUAUCUAUCAUUAUACUCUUGUAUCUUCAUGCUGUAAGGUACGCUUCUAAUUGCUUGGUCUUAAUCACAAGAGGCCACUAUAACUGGUUUCGUAUCUCAUCAUAUUGUGGCAGAACACUUACAAUGCGAUCUUGUGUAACCGUGUUUUCAGACCUUUUGUACACAUUUCACUGGCUCCGAAUGGUUUGGUGAAGUAUUUCAUGAAAUGGGGCCAAGACGUUGCAAAAAGAGCAGUGAAGUAGCCGCAGACCCUGAAUAUGACUUUUCAACAUCUGGUAAUGCAGCUAAACAUCAUGUUGGGCCAUUGGAGACUCAACCCCCAGAGGGGUUUCAUACAUCUAAAUGAAUCUGACAACAAGCUGUGGAUGCUGAGAGUCAACAAAUUGUUUCAAGUCCACGUAAUGAGGAGGAGAGCCAAAGAAAAGUUCUUUGAACAAGGCCAAAUGACACACCGCGUCAAACGUUCACGAGUCAAAAGUUAAUUGCAAGCAAGAGCCUGUUUGGAAUGUAAAUGAAGAGUAUGUUGGCUGUGUUUUUCUUAAAGAUUACAGAAGGUGAGAGCUGUACACAGUGGGGGACGAUGUACGUGGGGCUGUGCCUCACCAACCCCUUGAAAAUUUGCAGUGGUUAGCUCCUUUCUCUGUGGACUUUGUGUGUUCUCCCAGUGUCUGUGUGGGUUUACUCAGAGUACACCCGCUCUCUCCCAGAGUCCAAAGACACGCAGGUUAAUUGGAAAAUUUUAAAUUGCUUGUAGGAGAGAAUUAACUGCACUGACGUCUCUUGUGCAGGGGCUCUAUGUGAGAGCGCCAAUGUAUGACGUCAUAAUCUCCGAGAAUAUUCUAGUUUUUUUUUUUCUCUUGUAAAUUUAAUCCUGGGUUUUUUGUCUCGAGUUUGUUAAAUUUUUCUCAUAAAUUUGUCCGAAUUUUUGUCUCGCCAAUUCACCGCCAUAGUCUCAGAAUAUAUACGAGUUUCAUCUCUGAAACUCAGAUUUUUCUUUGAUUAUUAUUCCCCUCCCCCAGUCAAUUUUUUUUCCAACCUACAACGGCCCUGCCACAUUUUUAUGUCCGAGUCAAUCUUUUGGUCGGUCACAGUUCGGUACAACAGUGUCCUGGUGUGUGUUACUGUCUACAGAGGUAUUUUCACCUUGGAAAUGCAGGUCCCAAAAUACCUUAGUGGUUCUAUAUUAAACCUUGUUGAUCCACCCUG